AUGACAGCCAGCAACAAUCGCCCGACGUUCGGCGCAGCUGCCGAGUCCGUCGCGGCUCAGCCGAACAUUGCGAGGACAGCUCCUCCGUAUAAACGCCAGCGAGUCGAGCUUCCCUCCGACCCUACUAGAGCCCAAAGCAGCCGAACGCAGACGGAAGCGGGUGGCUCGCCCAAACGAAUGCUUAUCGCAUCGCCCGCAGACGUACGCUCACCUGCACGCGCUGCAGUCGCCACGCCAUCAUCUCCCUCCACGCCCGGGCAACGCCGGCCGCCUCCGCUGGCCACCAAACCUCCGCAGCCGCCUUCCAGCGCGAGUGCCGGUAGGCUCGGCCCUUUGCCCGUUGUUCCCGCUCGUAAGCGCAGAUUCACUCGCAGUCGCUCGGGUUGCGCCACGUGCCGCGUCCGGAAGAUCAAGUGCGACGAAACACGUCCGCACUGCCACCGCUGUCUCGAGGACGACCGACAAUGCGAGUACUUUCAUUCUACCAGCUCGGCACGUGUCGAGGCGGCAGUGAAGGCCCAAGCCGAGCCUUCCAAUGCUGACCCAUAUCCAACUGCGGCGGCGGCCAAGUCGGCGCGACUCUUCCAACACGGACAGCCACAUCAUUCGCCUCGCCAGGCAUCCGAUCGCCUUUUACGACCCGCUUCAGCGCAUCAGCAUAGCUCUAUACCCACCGUUACCGCCGGCACGGCUGGUGACAUCACCUCGCCAAAGCAUCUAGAUGACUGGCUCGAUCUCUUGUGCGCUUCCAUUGGAAACGACAUUCCGCACGCCAGCGGCUCGGCCCUCGCUGAUGCAUCCCAGCCCGCUGUCAAGAGGGACGACCAGCUCAGUGACGCCUCUCACCAGUCGACUGCGCUACGAUUCGUACACAGCGUCAGUGACACGCAGUCAGAUCGCUCUGCUUCUCGAGAUCGACUCAAGGCAGCGCGCCACCGUCGUUCAACCGCUGCCGCUUCCGCUAUCGCCGACCCGACAUUGGCUUCCGCAAGCGCCGAGGCGCGAUCCCCCAACUGGCUUGACGACGACUGGCUGUCAACAUGGACGGCCUCUUCCGACGGCCCCGCCGGCAUCCAGCACACCUUUGAUGCAGCUUCCGGCACACCAGUCUUGGCAAACACCACCGCCGCGCGUCCGGGCCUGCAGCACAUACCGGAAGCCGAGCUGCAAAGGCGCAUCCGCGAACUGUGCGUAACGCGCAUCCAGCUCGAGUCCGUGUCGUUCUUCUUCAACACCACCGCUCGCUGCUUCCACCUGCUCUCCGCCGACACGAACGUAUGGCGCAUCUUCUUCGCCCAGCUCGCUGCCGAGUCUCCCAUGGUGCUCGACCUCGCAGGCUGCCUCGGCCUCACCCACCUCAGCCUCACCCAGGAUCAUCGCAAAAAGGGCCUCGCCCACGCCCACUUUUCGCGCUGCAAGACCGAAUGGGACGCCUUUGUCGGCCAGUUACACACGCCAGAGCUCAUUGCGCUCGCCGCAGCACAGGUCAACUCGGCUCAUCGCGCACUCGAGCUGCUUGCCGGCACCAUCCUCAUCGCACACAUUGAGCAGUUCAGUCGAGGCUUUGCUACUAGCUCGCGAGCCUACACGGCUCUAGCCAUCACCGUUGUUCGACAAGUACUCGCAGGCACGCCAACCGGCACACCGGCUUCGUGGUGGGUCAAUGAGCUCGACCACGGUCCAGCAUCGGCCUUCCGCUUUUUUGUGCGCAUUUUGCUCUGGUGGGAGACCAUGUCACGGACCAUGGGCCCUGCCAGCGAGCAGGGCGAUGUGCUCGACAUCUUUGAACAUGUCUAUCGAUGGGAUGAGUCCGACAGCCGCCAACAGGAUCCUAUCGAAUGCUCCACUCAGUGCGUCGUAGGCUGGCCGCUGGAUCUGCUCGAGGCCGUCGAACGCAUUAACCGCCUCAGCGCCGUUCCCGAGAUAGCGGCUUUCGUGCCGCAGCCUGCUUCUUCCGUGCCACUCGUCAUGCCGUCCGGAUCGCUGUCGCAUGCUCUCGAGGGCCACGUGACGCUCGAAGUGCAGCUGCAGAUCGAUGCCAUCGAGUCUCAGAUCCGACUUUCCAGGCCCAUGCCGCUCACCCAAGACGACAGCCUUGCCGCCGAGCUGCGCUAUCUCAUCUUCGAAUGCCUCCAAUCAGCCUCGCUCGUCUACUUUUGCAGGACGCUGCUCAAGUCGACCGAUGCGGUGUGGUUCGAGAUCGAUAAGGUCACCCGAUUCCUCGAGCGCAAGCAGCAGCGUCUUGGCGCAAGCGGCGAAGGCAAACACGCGGGUCCCUCGGAUCCGACCGGCUCUACCCACGGCGACCUGCAGGUGGCCCACGCCAUGGAGACGCGAGGAAAGUGGUGGAUCCGCGCACCGGACGGAGCUUUAAUCUGGGCGUACUUUCAGUGUGCCUCGGAGAUCUUUGGCGAGCUGGAUGCUUCGCUCGACGCUUCGCCGCUCGCUGGACCGCUUGGCGAGCGUCCCGACCAACGGCGUCAAUUCGGCCGAGGAGAUCCCGUCAAGCUCGCGCUAGGCUCCGACAUCGUCAUUGGUGCGGACGCCUAUGACAGCUUUGCGCGAUCGCGUUCCGAGCGCCGGCAGCGCUGCCGCGGCUCGUUGCUCUUGUGGGAGAAAUUUGACGAGAUCCAGUGCGUCUUCCUCUGCCGGCAGCUGCUCAAGGCCGUGUGGGAUGGUCGCGACCUUUACGAGCACGAGAUGCGCCGUAGGAUGCGUCUCAGCAAAGGAUCCAGCUCGCAAGCGUCGACGGAUGCUUCUCAAGACAUCGGCCGAUACGAUCAGGCGACCGAGCUUGCCAACAUCUGCCGACAACGACGUUGGCGCCAGCCUCUGAUCUUUUGA